UUUUGUUAUUGUCGUUCCCCGGGUCCCCUCCUCCUGCAGAGCCGGAAGUGAGCGCUCAGCCUCUAUAGGCAUUUCCGGUGACGUCACGGCUUGGACUCCAUUAGUGCCGCAGCUGAGGGGGAAGCCGCCUGUGACAGCCCCGGAGCCGCCGAGCAGCGGCCGCGGAUCUUCCCCCCUCCCUCCUCCUCCCGUUCCCCGCUUCCCUCCCCGUCCUCACCUCCACACCCCGGGAGGGGGACGACGCGGUGUCCUCUCUCCUCAGCCACCAACCACGGCCGCUCUCGGUGAGGAAACUCUGGCCUCCGCUUCCUCCUCGGACUCGGACACCGGCCGAGCGACCCCUCCCCCGCGGAAGAAGCUCCGAGCCUCGGAGGAGGCGGCGGCGGCAGCUCAAUCGGUCAUUCCCGGCGGUAGAGGAGCAAGCGGGGGGAACAUGCAAGCCAACGGGGCAGCGGCUGGGGCGGGGGGCUCGGGCGGACAGGAGCCGGACAGCGGCGCCCCCUCCUCCCCCUCACAGAACGGGGAGGCCUCGUCCUCCGGUACCGGCGGGGAGCAGGCUCACUCUAACGGUCUCCUCAGCACCAGCAACGGGGCCUCGUCCUCCUGUGCCGCCUCCAGCACCGCCGAGCAGCCGGGCCUGAAGAAGAAGAAGCGGCUGAGCCAGGCCGACGAGGACGUCAUCCGCCUGAUCGGUCAGCACCUGCACGGCCUGGGCCUCAACCAGACGGUUGAUCUCCUCAUGCAAGAAUCAGGAUGCCGGUUAGAGCACUCAUCUGCUACCAAAUUCCGCAACCAUGUCAUGGAAGGGGAGUGGGAUAAGGCAGAGAACGAUCUGAACGAGCUGAAGUCUUUGGUGCACUCUCCUCACGCCGUAUUGCCAUGUCGCCCACCCGCUGGAGGUUCAGGGAGUGAGCAUUCCUCCUCCUCGUCCUGUCCCACGUCAGAUGUCAUACGGAGGAUGAAGUUCUUGCUGCUUCAGCAGAAGUACCUGGAAUACUUAGAAGAUGGGAAGGUCCUCGAAGCCCUGCAGGUCUUGCGCUGUGAGCUGACGCCACUGAAAUACAAUACCGAGAGGAUUCAUAUCCUGAGUGGGUAUUUAAUGUGUAGUCACGCAGAAGACCUGCGAGCAAAGGCAGAAUGGGAAGGAAAAGGAACGGUGUCCCGCUCCAAGUUACUUGAUAAACUCCAAACUUACCUUCCACCGUCUGUCAUGCUACCACCCAGGCGUCUGCAAACUCUUCUACGUCAAGCUGUGGAGCUGCAGCGAGAUCGGUGCCUCUACCACAAUACAAAACUUGACAAUAACCUGGACUCUGUAUCUCUGCUUAUUGAUCAUGUCUGCAGCAGGAAACAGUUUCCAUGUUUCACACAGCAAGUCCUGACAGAGCACUGCAAUGAAGUCUGGUUCUGUAAGUUCUCCAACGACGGCACUAAACUAGCGACAGGAUCAAAGGACACAACUGUUAUAAUAUGGCAGGUCGAUCCAGACACACACCAGCUAAAGCUACUUAAGACAUUAGAAGGCCAUGCUUAUGGGGUUUCCUACCUAGCCUGGAGCCCGGAUGACAACUAUCUCGUAGCCUGUGGUCCAGAUGACUGCUCCGAGCUCUGGCUGUGGAAUGUGCAGACUGGUGAGUUGAGGACAAAAAUGAGUCAAUCUCAUGAAGACAGUCUGACGAGCGUGGCCUGGAAUCCAGAUGGAAAGAGAUUUGUGACCGGCGGCCAACGUGGACAGUUUUACCAGUGUGAUUUAGACGGCAAUCUGUUGGACUCCUGGGAAGGAGUAAGAGUUCAGUGUCUGUGGUGCCUGAGCGACGGCAAGACUGUCCUGGCAUCAGACACUCACCAGAGGAUCCGGGGCUAUAACUUUGAGGACCUUACAGAUAGAAACAUCGUACAAGAAGACCAUCCCAUCAUGUCAUUUACAAUAUCAAAAAAUGGAAGACUAGCAUUGUUAAACGUAGCUACUCAGGGUGUUCACUUAUGGGAUUUGCAAGACAGAGUUUUAGUGAGAAAAUACCAAGGCGUGACGCAGGGCUUCUACACAAUACACUCAUGCUUCGGCGGUCACAAUGAAGACUUCAUCGCUAGCGGCAGUGAGGAUCACAAGGUAUACGUCUGGCACAAACGCAGCGAACUGCCCAUCGCAGAGCUGACUGGACACACACGCACAGUAAACUGUGUGAGUUGGAACCCACAGAUUCCCUCCCUGAUGGCCAGCGCCUCUGAUGACGGCACAGUUAGAAUAUGGGGACCAGCACCUUACAUAGAAAACCAGGAGUUUGAAGAGGAAUGCAGUAGCAUGGACAGUUGAUGGCAAAUUUUUUUCUUUUUUUUGCUGAAGACGACUUCUCUAACUUAAAAAAAAAACAAACAAAAAAAAUUUAGUCGUAUUUUUAAAUGGCUUGGGAUUGGUGCAAACGUUAAAUUGAUAGCGGGACAGACGCUUUUCAAGAGAAGUUUAAAAAAAAGAAAAAUUUGAAAAAAAAAACCCCACCUACGAGUCUGGUGCCCUCCAGCGGGGCAGAUCAUUUACCACCCUGCUUCAUAGUACCCAGCUCCGAUGAAGCACGUCGUUAGAUUGUUAUUGGACACCAUGUUACCCCCCCAUCGGUUGUGAAGAACUGUGCUAUAUUCAAGCUGUCCAUUGAACUCGGUAUAUUUUUUUUUCCCCUUCUGCCUUUUUGUCCGGCAGCCUCUACCAUCUUUUGUCGCUCUUCUGUGUAAUGAAGUUUAAAUGCUUGUUUGGAGAAAAAAAAAAAAAGGAAAAAAAAUAAUAAUUAUUUAACAGUUUAGAAGGCUUGAUAGAUCGCUUUAGUCUGAGUAUCCAUUUAAUAGGAAAGUAUUUUCUCCUCUCAUUUCACGGAUUCUCUCCGCCUUAUUUAGCUCGAGAUCUUUCCAGCUUGGUUCACAGAUUGUAGCCUUACUUCUGGUGUUUUUUUUUCUUUUUUUUUUUUUUUAACCCUUCAGGAAUAAAAAAAAAAGUUUGCAGAACCAGUUUCCAACUAGACCAUAUUAAGAAACCAAUCCUAGGUUUUUGUAUGGCAGACCGUGUUACCCCCACCCCCAGUUACUGGGUCAACAGCACAACAUUUUUUUUUAAAAUAAAUUAUUUAUAGGACUGUAAUGAGUUCAUUUUGUGUAAGUUUAAAAUUUUCAACCAGCUUUAUUGAUGACUUCCUUGGAAAAAUGGGGGUCAGUGAUUUAGAACCGCCCCCUCCUCUCCUUUUUUUUUUUUUAAAUGCACCCCUAGGUUUCAUCGAGACGUCCAUUUGUUUUGCUGCUGCUGAAAACGGAGUCUAGGUAAGGUGCAAGGAGCAGAGAGUUGGGCAAUGGGGCGCUUUCCAAGACUGUGCAGAGGAAGGUUUGCAGUCUACCCUUGUGCCAAUCAAUGAUGGCUGUUAUGGAUGUAGGUCUUCUCCUGAAGGUCAUAUCUGGAUCUCAUCUACCUAUAACGUUGGCUCUGGUUGCAUACGGAGCUGCGCUGACCAUUUUGCUUGCCUCACGUUUGCUGAUUCUAGCGGAUUACUGCAGCAGAGCCGUGAUUGCCAACCUGUAGGGAAAUUAUAACUCCCAGCAUGUCACGAUAGUGUUUGGUGGGAGUUGCUAUUUUACAACAGCUUGACACUUUGGUUACAGAGUAGAGAGCCAUCCAGUGAUCUGCUAGACUUGGGGGCUACAUAGUGACCAAAGAUAGCUGUGCAGCUAUUGCAACGUGCAAGUUGGCGUGUACCUGCCAUUACAAAAGGUCUAGCAAGUUUCAUGUAGCUCCAGUCUUGGGUGCAAAGCUACCGCGAAGCAAGCUGUAUGCUCUGUAUGCAAGUAGAUGAGUGGCGCAACAGUGAGCUUGCAUUCAUACGUCUCAUCCAGACGGCGUCCCUUCAAGUGAAGCUCUGUAGGUCGUGUUUGUCACCCAGUUGAUGUGUGCCCUCUAAAACGUGGAGCAUACAGAGGUACAGUAGGAUAGCUGUACGGCUACAUCCAUGUGAUGUAGAAUGCUGGUCAAUAAUUCCUGCAUGAAGUGGCCAUAUUGGAUCAUGCCCUGUACGGAAAACUGGGAGAGGCUAUUUAAAACCUAAAGCUGUUCCUUCCAGGGGUGGUGACAGGGCACCAGCCUCCCCCCCCCCCCCCCCCCUUUCUGAAAUAUUAAACGUUGUUUUUUUUUAUUGCGUUAUUUCUUUUUUGCCAUACACUUUGUACCGUACAGUAUCUAUACACUCUACCAUGACAUGACUACUUGGGGGAAUAAUUGAAGGUUGGUUGCAAUGAGUUUUGUCCUUGUUGCCAUAGUUCGCAGCAGUAGCUGAUGGCACAGUCCAUAUCUACAGCUCCAUGUGCAGGCGGCCAUUUAUGCACAUACAGUUCAUAGAUGGCUGACCUAAUCCAUCAAUCCUGCAGGAGAGAGCGUGUUCAAUCCUGGACUGGCUGUGAUGGUUAACAUGAUCCAUAUUGAUAACGCGGAGCCCUAGACAUACACAUGAAGGUCCACGGAAAUUUGUCAGGCCUCAGACGGCCAUGCUGGUGUCCGUAUUAUAGCUGCAAAUCCUGACCAGACGGAGUCUGUUGCUCAGACAUGACCGUAUCAUAGGUCCUUUGGAUAACGAUAAGACCUGAGGUUGGAAUGGGAAUUGAAGUGGUUCUAUGGAUGCUAAAAGGUGCCCAGAUUAGUGCCAUCUGCAUGAGACCUCUGAGGUGCAGGGCCAAAACAGGAGGUCUGGAUAUCGGAUCUGCCAUCUCCUCAGGACACUGGAUGUGAGAACACAAGAGGGUGGUGACACUCGGUAAAGCCCCUGCGUAGUGUUACACGUAUGUAAUCUAUGCAAUAUCAUGGGCAUCUCCUUGCCUCUUAAAGGGGUUGUGCCACCAUUACGUUAGUUUAAUAUAUCUCAGUGUGAAAACAAAUUGUUUCGGUCUAAAAAAAAAAAAAGCUCCAUUUGUGAGAUAUUCUCUUUAUGUAAUUAUAACCGCCCCCCUUCCCCCAGCUGUUUAAUGUGUAUAGUAAUGUGCACCUCCAGAGGUGGUUGCCCAGGCUCAGUUGCAUCCUUCAACUGCCACGUCUACUGUGUUAGAAGUUGUGACAGUUACUGGGAGAUAGCUGCAGUGUAAGGGACAUGCCCCCUGAGCUAAAGAGCUGCUCUGGAAAGGACACACCCCUUGAGCUGCAGCAGGAAGCACAUGCCCCCGGAGCUGUGACAGGAAGAGCUGCAGCAGAAAGCACAUAUAUGAUGUGAUUUCCACCUUUUACAUCACUCAUGGCUGUAACGCCCCAGAGACGGUACCCAAGGGUCUUUGCAUGGUAUCAAAUGUUGCUUUGUGCCAUGGAGAACAAGUGACGUUCAGUUCACGGAACAUUUUGACCUGCAGUGUUUGGUUUUUUCCUUUAUGUCUCUCCUUCGAUGUCAUUACGUUAGGUCUGUGUCACACUUGGGUUUUGGUUUCGAGAUCCGGCAGAGGACCAAAACGGUUCCAUUUGAGGUUAACACAUCCGGCUGCAUCGGUUCCGUUAGGAUGCGGUUGUGUUAGAUCGAAGCAAACCGUUUCCGGCACUAAAAUCAUCUGUAAGUCAAAGGGUGACGGAUCUGUGUUUUUUCAGAUCCGAAGAAAAAUAAAAAAAAUAAUGGAGCUGGCGUCAUUGACUUACAUCGAUUUUGCUGCCAGAUCCGGUUUGUUCCAUUUCGCAGACCAGUCACAAAAUUGCCGCAGCAGUUUUGUGUCCAGUCAAAAAAAUAAAAUUAAACGGAAUGCAUCCUGAUCAAACUUCUGUUUUAAGUUUGGUGGCCAAAGUUCGGGUUAUUGAAGAAUCCCGUUAUGGAGUCUCCCAUCAUGGUUCCUAGGGAAAACUGAUCUUGGAUGGUCAUUGCUUACCCCAUGGACAUUGGUAGCUUGCGAUUCAAGUGAAUGGUUCUGAGCUGUAAUACCAGACCGGGGCCUUUAGACAACAGCGGCGCCGUUUCAGGCAACCCUUGCUAACGGGUAUCCCCCCCCCUUUAUGGGAUAUACUGCUGUAGCUGAGGUUUACUGUACUAAGAUGCUCCUGCUCUGUACAGUAUUAGAAUGAAGUUUUAUGCGAAUCGACUUUGGAUGUUUCAUCUGAAGUCGAUUCGCUCAUCCCUAUUGGUGCCCAUGAGCAAAAUCCAGGUGCACAUCUUCCUGUUAUUCCUUCUCUGUAUAGGCUUCACUGCCGCUGACUGUGUGAACGCAGCCUAAGGGCAACCUCCACCCUUUUGAUCUUAGCAGGAACCUUCUGCUUUACUUGACCUGUAUGGGAGAUGGUAUUACGUGGCAAGGAUCACGCAGACUGGAUGUAAUCCCAUUCUUUUGGUCACAAAAUAUCCAGCUCAAACACAGACCCCAUAUUGAAGUAAAUGGAAGAAAGCCCAACAGAGAAAUUGUGUUCCUUCCUUUCCCGCUGCUUGUUUUUAAAUAAAAAUUUCAGGGCCCCUUCGCAGAUGAGCAAAAUUAUACGUCAUAGGCCUUUUACCCAGAUGCAAUUUAUCUCCUUUUGAUUUUCUCGUCCUUUGACGUGCACAAAGAUGCCAUCAACAUUUGCCAAAUCCAAGUCCCGCUCUUUCCCCUAAUAUCCCAAGUAAUGUGGACAGACUGACCCCACCAGUCAGUAAUAUUUCUGUGCAAUAAAAGAAAAAAAAAGCAAUCAAGGAACCAACUGCUCGCAGCACAUAAUGUGCCGCGUUUCACAUCUCCACAGUGGCUCCGCUAUAUUUUUAUAAACCUAGAAUUUACACUUUUUUUUUUUUCUUUCCUUAGUUUUUUUUUUCCCCAGCCCUUUUGGGUCAGGAUUAAAAAAAAAAAAUAAUAAUUUCUUAUGUUUAGUUUUAAGGUCGGAUGCAAAAAAAUAAAAACAAUUGGCAUCUUCAAAAAUAAAGUUAAAAAGAAAACGACAGAUGGUUUUAAGGGAGGGAAAAAAAAACCUGUUAGAAACAGACCAUAAAAGCAUUACGAACCAAGCUGCAGGGAUCAAGAAGAAUAAAACUCAUUGAUCUCAAAAAGAUUUUAAAAAAAAUUGUCAAGAUUUGUAUGGAGUUGUGGUGGAUCUAGUUAACACUUAGAGCUUUUUGGUAUGUAAUGACUAUUUGCUAUGGACUGAUAUUAAAUGUUUCAAAAGAAUGCUCUUACUAUUUUAUUUUUUAUUUUGAUCUAUAUUACGCCGUUUCAGUUACUUUGUAUUAUUUACCAUAUUAAAAGUAUAAAACUAAAGUCUCCAAUAUUUAUUUUCACUGUUUUUACUAAUUAUUUAGGGGACACAUUUCUUUUAUGUGUAGGUUUUUUAUAUUAGGUUCACUUUUUUUGUUUCGUGAUGUCAUUGCUCUACCUUCAGCUAUUAUUUGUAUUCCCUUUCUUUCAAGUCAAUAAACAGAACGAAUAACUGGG